CGAACGGAAGCUGUCUCUGACGUAGGAGAGUUAGAGAAGCGUACACUUCCAUUUUCUUGAUCCACUCGGCGAAGUGAGAGCACGUGUUUGUUCGCCGGCACUUUUCUUUCGAAAGACUUCGUUUUAAUAAUAAUCUUAGCAAAAAUUAAUCGUCACGCGUACGCGGUUAUUCAUUGACUUGUGUAACGUUCUAAUAGAUCCUUAAGUUCUUACUUAAUACAAACUAGUAUCAACAUGAAUCCGGAGAAGCUUAAGAAACUCCAAGCUCAAGUACGAAUCGGCGGUAAGGGAACACCCCGUCGCAAGAAGAAGGUAGUACAUGCAACUGCUGCGACAGAUGACAAGAAAUUACAAAGUUGUCUGAAGAAAUUAUCAGUUAACACUAUUCCUGGUAUAGAAGAAGUUAACAUGAUUAAGGAUGAUGGCACCGUCGUUCAUUUUAAUAAUCCAAAAGCCCAGGCUAGUUUGUCCGCUAAUACAUUUGCAAUUACUGGCCAUGGGGAAAACAAACAGAUAACUGAAAUGUUGCCCGGUAUAUUGAGUCAGCUAGGUCCAGAAGGUUUAACGCAGCUUAAACGAUUAGCAAGUACAGUGGCUGGUAGCGCAGUUGGUAAAGCAACGCUAGAGGAGGACGAUGAAGUUCCUGAUUUAGUUGAGAACUUUGAUGAAGCUAGCAAAGAAGAGGUCGCACCAAAAAAAGAAGUUGAGGAAAAUGAUAAAGCCUCUGCCGACAAAAAGGAAAUUAUCACAAUCGAGGAAAAGAAAGAAGCACCCUUAGCUACAUCCGAAGCUUAAAGAGUUUGUUGUCGAGUGUCGAGGUAAAGCCCUAGGUAUAUAUAUACACAUAAAUAUAUAUAUAUAUA